AUGGACGUGGACAAGAGUAUAAGGCAAUCUAUGGAUGUGGAUGAGAGGAUGGGGCAAUCUAUGGGUGUGGAUAAGAGGAUGGGGCAAUCUAUGAGUGUGGAUGAGAGGAUGGGGCAAUCUAUGGGUGUGGAUGAGAGAAUGGGGCAAUCUAUGGGUGUGGAUGAGAGGAUAGGGCAAUCUAUGGGUGUGGAUGAGAGGAUGGGGCAAUCUAUGGGUGUGGAUGAGAGGAUGGGUCAAUAUAUGGGUGUGGAUGAGUGGAUGGGGCAAUCUAUGGGUGUGGAUGAGAGGAUGGGGCAAUCUAUGGGUGUGGAUGAGAGGAUGGGGCAAUCUAUGGGUGUGGAUGAGAGGAUGGGACAAUCUAUGGGUGUGGAUGAGAGGAUGGGGCAAUCUAUGGGUGUGGAUGAGAGAAUGGGGCAAUCUAUGGGUGUUGAUGAGAGGAUGGGGCAAUCUAUGGGUGUGGAUGAGAGGAUGGGGCAAUCUAUGGGUGUGGAUGAGAGGAUGGGACAAUCUAUGGGUGUGGAUGAGAGGAUGGGGCAAUCUAUGGGUGUGGAUGAGAGAAUGGGGCAAUCUAUGGGUGUUGAUGAGAGGAUGGGGCAAUCUAUGGGUGUGGAUGAGAGAAUGGAGCAAUCUAUGGGUGUGGAUGAGAGAAUGGGGCAAUCUAUGGGUAUGGAUGAGAGAAUGGGGCAAUUUAUGGGUGUGGAUGAGAGGAUGGUGCAAUCUAUGGGUGUUGAUGAGAGAAUGGGGCAAUCUAUGGGUGUGGAUGAGAGGAUGGGUCAAUCUAUGGGUGUGGAUGAGAGGAUGGGGCAAUCUAUGGGUGUGGAUGAGUGGAUGGGGCAAUCUAUGGGUGUGGAUGAGAGAAAGGGGCAAUCUAUGGGUGUGGAUGAGAGGAUGGGGCAAUCUAUGGGUGUGGAUGAGAAGAUGGGGCAAUCUAUGGGUGUGGAUGAGAGGAUGGUGCAAUCUAUGGGUGUGGAUGAGAGGAUGGGGCAAUCUAUGGGUGUGGAUGAGAGGAUGGGGCAAUCUAUGGGUGUGGAUGAGAGAAUGGGGCAAUUUAUGGGUGUGGAUGAGAGGAUGGGGCAAUCUAUGGGUGUUGAUGAGAGAAUGGGGCAAUCUAUGGGUGUGGAUGAGAGGAUGGGUCAAUCUAUGGGUGUGGAUGAGAGGAUGGGGCAAUCUAUGGGUGUGGAUGAGUGGAUGGGGCAAUCUAUGGGUGUGGAUGAGAGAAAGGGGCAAUCUAUGGGUGUGGAUGAGAGGAUGGGGCAAUCUAUGGGUGUGGAUUAG